AUGAGCAACCAAUAUAUAGUUGAUUUAAACUCAAGACAUCCUCCUCCAUCACUGAACUUUGCACAUCUCCUUCAAGUCCAACAACAAUCUACGUGUCGAAUAAAAAUGCAACAACCCCAACACCAUAAAACAACUUCAUCAUCUCAAUUCAACCAACCAAUAAAAACAAUAAGAAGACCAUUACCUCCUCUACCAACACAAGAGUCAAAGACAAGAAGCACAGAAACAUAUUCUUCUGAAGUGGAUAAUCUAGAUUCUAUACCUGUAACAAAAUACACAGAGUCUUACAAUCAAAAACAAGUAGAAACACAAGAAGAGACAUUAAAACAAAUUGAAAUACUUUAUAAAGAAAAGAAAAGACUAGAAACAGAAAAUGAACGAUUAAAACAAGAACAAGAACAAUUAAAAGAAGUUAAAGACAAGAAGAAAAAAGAUAACAAAAAAGAGAAGAAGAAAAGUGUGAAGAUAAAGGAAAGUCCUAUUAUCUCAACAACACAUUCUAAAGUAGUUGAAAGUUAUCAUAAUUGUAUUCAAUGUCAACCAAUUAAUAGAAAAACAAAAUCAACGUCAUGCAUUCCAUUACAACCAAGUAGAAACCAAAAAAGAGUAAAAGAACAAGAAAUGAAAAGGGAUGACAUUCUUUUCUUUGAUAAAUUAAAAGAAGAACUUAAAGAAUCUGCUAAUAAGAUGAAUAAAAUAGAUUCUCUCAUUAAAGAACAAGCAAUCCACUGUGUUGUACAUAGACUACGUGCUGUUGAACAGAUGUUAGUUUUAUUAAAAACAAGAAGGUUGAAUGGUAAUAUUCUAAAUGACUGCAAAGUCAUUAUUGAAGAUGGAUGGCAGAAUUAUAUUAUAAUGAGUGAAGAAUCAACGAUGUAUUUGGGGAGAGCAAUGAUGGUUGUUUAUGAGAAAUGUAUUAACAAUAAAGAAAUAAUGGAAGAAUAUUUCAAAUGUCUUCAAGGAACAAUUAUUAGUGAAGAAGAAAUUAUGUUAUGUGAAAUGUGUAUCAACAAUGAAGGAUUGAAAUGUGUUAGAAAUAAUGGUAUCAAAGAAUAUGAAGAAUCAAAGAAGAAAAUAAAUUAUUUGGAAGAAUUAAAUCAGACAUGUGGAGGUAAUUGGGAUGUUAAUUUAAAUAGAGGGGUUUUUGGAUGGGGAAGAAAAGUUAUGAAGAAAGAAAAGAUUAAAGGAUAUAUUGGAGAAUGGAAAGAGAUGGAAUUGGUAUUAACAAAUGACUUAAUGAUAAUUACAUACCAAAAACAGAUUGAAUAUAUAAGUCUCUAUGUUGACUAUAAUAUCACUGAAUAUAACAUUGAUGAUGACGUAUAUCAAAUUGAAGAUAAAGAACAAGGAAUUUACUACAUCAAAGACAUUGAGUUAAAGGGAUUAAAAGAGGAUAUUAAUUCUUACCUAAGAAUCACAGAUGAUGUUUAUCAAUUCCCAGCUACUCCAAAUGACAUUUUUAAUUAA